AUGGCCUUGAGAGAAAUCCAAACUGCACUUGAUCGAGUCCAAACUCUUGAACAUGUCACUGGUUAUAUUUGUAUGACAUCAAGUGGUGUACCUAUUCGAACAACAUUUGAUGAAGAAUAUACGAAAAAUUUAGUCACACAAUUACAACCAUUUCUUGAACGUAUCAAACGUACAAUUAAUUCUAUAGGUUUAAAAGAUGUUGUUGAAUUACGUUUAAAGACAAAAAAAUUGGAAUAUCUUUUGCGAACAGAUAAUUUAUGUACUUUUAUUGUUUUGCAAAGACAUGAAAAACUUAAGAAUGGAAUCGAUGAAUAA